AUGAGUGGUGGCAGGGAAAGUAGUAGUAACAACAACAACGACGGCAGUGAUGAGCGGUUGCUGUUUCUGAGGGGCGUGGGCGAGCGCAAUGAGAUCGGGACUGCUUCCCGGUUUAAGCCGGCACACUACAAGAAGCCCGCCAGGAGGCACAAGUCCGCCAGGCAGCUGGUAUCGGACGAGAACAAGCGGAUCAACGCUUUGCUGAGCAAGGCCAACAAGACGACGGACGUCUUGCCGGCCGCCAAGCGGCUUGUGCCCAGGGCGACGUACUUCAGCGUGGAAGCGCCGCCCUCCAUCAGGCCCGCCAAGAAGUACUGCGACGUGACGGGUCUGAAGGGCGUUUACAAGUCUCCCACGAACAACAUCCGGUACCACAAUGCGGAGAUCUACCAGUUGAUCGUGAAGCCGAUGGCCCCCGGCGUGGACCAGGAGUACCUGAAGCUGAGAGGCGCCAACUUCGUCUUGAAAUAG